UCAUCUCGCACAGAAGUGCCGCGAAGGAAGAAGUCGUCACGUCCACGCCUUCUCCUAUGAGAAAAUGUGGGACUGUUGUUAGACUUUCCCUCUCUUUUUUUAGUCGUGUUACCUCUUCUUUUUUUUCAACUGCACACUUUGCGUCUGAGUGAGAUCGCGUCCGAAUGAACAGUCAUGGGAGAGUGGACCAUAUUGGAGCGUCUCUUGGAGGCGGCUGUCCAGCAACACUCCACUAUGAUAGGAAGGAUCCUGCUCACUGUGGUGGUGAUUUUCCGCAUUCUGAUUGUGGCUAUAGUCGGAGAAACGGUGUACAAUGAUGAGCAGGCCAUGUUUGUAUGUAACACUCUACAGCCCGGCUGUAACCAGGCGUGUUACGACAAAGCCUUCCCCAUCUCCCACAUCAGGUACUGGGUGUUCCAGAUCAUUAUGGUCUGCUGCCCCAGCCUCUGCUUCAUCACCUAUUCUGUCCAUCAGUCUGCCAAGCAGAAGGAGCGACGCUACUCCACAGUCUUCCUCUCGCUGGACAAGGAACAAGACUUGACCAAGACGGACGACAGCAAGAAGAUCAAGAACACCAUUGUGAAUGGCGUCCUGCAGAAUUCCGAGAACUCCAACAAGGAGGCGGAGCCCGAUUGCCUCGAGGUCAAGGACAUUCCCAACUCAGUCCUGCGAACUACCAAGUCAAAAAUGAGGAGACAGGAAGGCAUAUCCAGGUUCUACAUCAUCCAGGUGGUGUUCAGAAAUGCCCUGGAGAUCGGCUUCUUGGUGGGCCAGUAUUUCCUAUACGGAUUCAACGUCCCUGCGGUGUACGAGUGUGACCGAUACCCUUGCAUAAAGGACGUCGAGUGCUAUGUCUCGAGACCUACAGAGAAAACUGUGUUCUUGGUCUUCAUGUUCGCUGUCAGUGGUAUUUGUGUGGUGUUCAACUUAGCGGAGCUCAACCAUCUGGGCUGGAGGAAGAUCAAAGCUGCAGUUCGAGGCGUGCGAGCAAGGAGGAAGUCCAUUUAUGAGAUCCGGAACAGAGACCUGCCUAGGAUGAGUAUGCCCAACUUUGGACGUACUCAAUCCAGUGACUCUGCAUACGUGUAAAUGUGUGUUGUACAUGUACAAAUACUGUACACGGAAACUCCUGGUACAAAGUAUCUGUCAGUACUCCUUUGGGGGCAUGUUGAAUCUUUCCCAAAACAUAUCUGAACCUUUGUCUUAGCCUGGUCAUUUCUAUGACUGACUUUAUGACUGAAUUGUUGAGAUAGUUUUUUUUCUUUUAUGACAUGGAAAAACUGAAUGGUUUGAUUCUUUAAACGUGAGGUUGUGAUGAGGAUGGUUGUCGCCUUUGAGCAAAUCAUACAGGUAUUCACUAAUACGCUAUGACAAAUGUAGAAGGACA